UAAAGAAAAAUAAAAUUAGUUGAUCAGAGUCGUGGGCUCUGUCUGCGCAGGAUGGAAUGAGAGGUGGCUGCUGUUUCUCUCACGGGUCUAAACGUAAGCACCGCUGUAAUUUCUGGACUAUAAACGCAUUACAUUGUUGGAAAGUAUAAUAAACGAAUGCACUGAAAUGGGUAAACUUCCUUCGAAACAUGCUGCCUUUUGUAAACCCAGAGAAAGCCCCGAAGGAGACAGUUUUGUAGUCAAUGCUUGUUUAGCUCGGAAAGGUAUUGAAGAUUGGAUUGCUCAACAGAAGUAUUACUGCAGCUCAGCACAUCAGCAUUCGAGCUGUCAUCACAAGAGUGCUUGCAGAACGAGUAAAGUGUCGAGCCGGUCGUCACUGAAGCGCCCCCUUUGGCCUUGGAAGAGCUCUCUGAAUCAUGUGAAUCAAGAGCUCUCUGAAUCUAAACAACAAGGGGACCCUGCAGGAGAAGCGUGCCUGGAGACUCUGGGUGAUGAGCACUAUCACUUGGAAGUCGCCCUCCCCCCGGAGAAGACUGCUAGCUGCUGCAAUGAUGAGAAGAAACUGGGGAAGGAAAGCCACGUACACAGCGGCUCCAGCAAACAACUCAAAUUGGAAGAGCUCGAGUGCGAUGUGUCAGUAGAGGAAGAUAACAGGCAGGAGUGGACCUUCACACUGUAUGACUUUGAUAACAAUGGGAAAGUCACCCGGGAGGACAUAACCAGCUUGCUGCACACGAUCUACGAGGUAGUCGAUGCCUCGGUAAACCACUCUCCCAGCACCAACAAAACUCUGCGGGUCAAGCUCACAGUGGCCCCAGACUCCAUCCACAAGAGGAAAAACACUCCACAGAACCAUGCAGAUACUACAAGAUCAAGACAAAGAACUGAAAGCAAAUGUACUGAAGAGCCAGAAAGUUCUGACAAGAAAUCCCGGGCCCCCCUGAUGCGCCACCACAGUGACCACGCCCAACAGAACGGCUGCUAUCGGCAUUGUGUCAACGAGAACCUGGAGAGGAGAAACCACUACCUGGACCUUGCUGGCAUUGAGAACUACACAUCGACGUUCGGACCGGGGUCCAAUCCUGAACCUACUAAACCGGAGCACCAGUCUCGAGUGGUGAACCAGACCAGGUCUCGCUCCCAUGAGCCUGAAAACACUCCCCCCCCCUCCUCCUCCCACCCCUGGCGCUCCCAGGUGCUGGACCCUGCCUCGUGCACCAAGGGGCUGGAGCUCCAGCAGAGGUCCCAGGACUCCGGCAGGCGCCUGCUGAGGUCUCCCAAGAGCAAAUACGCUGUGGUGGCCCCCUCUCACCCAGACGGGAGGGCUGUGAGGAACAAGGACUCAACCUGCCAGAGCGCCCCACCCCCAGCACCCUCCCAUCCAGCAUGUGUCGGCCAUAACCUACCCCACCUCCCCGCACCCCAGCCCACCCACAAGAGACACAAACAGAGGGCGAAGGAGGCAGCGCAGCCAUACAAAUCCUUCCAGCCUGUCGCUGCUGGAGAAGGAGCCCCUGCCUGCCAUGGUGUUGUAUGA